AUGGCGAGUGGGCAGAACGGAGAACAGGGUUCCCAUGAGGAGCCCGAUUUCACAAAAGCAUUCCAGGACCUCGCGCGGGGUGAGCGAACAGCUGCUGCCCUGGAGAACCACCUCGAUGCGUUGGAAAAGAAGAUUGAAGAGCUGCUAGCGAAGGCAGACGAAGAGGACCGCAAGAGGACAGAGCAGAGAGAAUCAAAGCAAGACAAUGUCGACAGCGCUACUUCAAAGCCUGGGGCGGACCCGGUGUGA